GUCCUUCAGGAAUCCUGCCGGAAUUCAACCUUUUAUGAAGGAAUUGUGCAGGUGUCCUGCAGGAAUCCUGUAGGUUUGAUAAACUCAGGAAAAGUCCCUGACAAUAAGAACUUAUCCAAACCAAAAACCGUGGAUAGGUGGCAGCAUGUCCUGCAAAAGUUUUGAAAAUCCUGCACAAACAUGACAAUUCCUGCAGGACCAAAACCUUCAGGAUUUUCAUAUUCCGGCAGGAUAUGGCAAUUCUGCAGGACCUGGCAAUUCCCGCAGGACCAAGAAUAUCCCAACACGGAUCCUGAAGAACCGAAUCCUGCAGGAUUUUGGUAUUCCUAGGGCCAUAUCAGAGAGUCAAAGUGAUGGAGAAGAUAAAGUGUGUGGAGGUGAAAAACAUGUUUUCAGGUGGUCUCUGUGAGGAGGACACUUAUGCAUGUGAACUGCAACCGUGUCAGAAUGGUGGGGUCUGCGAAAGCCAACAUGGCGGCUACAGGUGCCUCUGCCGUCAACAGAGCAAAGAUGGCUUACUGUACGGAGGCGAGAAUUGCACAGUCGCCCUCCUGGGCUGUGACGGCAACCGCUGCAAGAAUGGUGGCAUCUGCUCUCCCUUCUUCCUGAACUACCGCCACACCUACACCUGCGCCUGCCGCGCAGGCUUCACCGGCUCCAAGUGUCAGACGUCAACCAUCUUCUCCUUCGAGUCCAGCGGCUACAUGUAUGUGGAGACCCAGCUAUCGGACCCUGAAGUCCCUCUCAACGUCACCCUUAGCUUCAAGACGGACCGGCCUGUCGGCACCCUCCUCCAGCGCCGGGUCGAUGACCUGCUGCUCACCAUCGAGCUGGUAGACAGCCGCUUACGCCUCAGCAUGCUAAGAGCUCAAGGGACAAGAACCCCAGUAUUUCUGGAGCUACCGCCGAGUGUGGCGGACAGUCAGUGGCACACGGUGGAGGCCUGGCUGGGCUGUGAGGAUGAGGGGAGCGGUGUGAGGCUGCUUCACUCCCCCUGCGCUGAGGUGGGCUGCACCAGGGAGUUCCCCGCCACCGAGACACCCCUGCUGGAGCAAGGCUCCGGCCUACGAGAGCCCAGCUCGGUUCGCCACAGCCUCUCUCUAGGAGGGGUGGGACUGGGCUGGGGCUCCGGUGGGGUGGCAGGGGAAAGGGAUGCUGAGGCUGCAGACGCGCCUGAUCCACCUGGUCCAGCUGCCUACUUCCUGGGCUGUUUCCGGGAUGUGUUUGUGGAGUCACGGCUGGUAGUGCCCGCUGUCGCCAACUCACCGGCUCAGGUCAACGUCACAGCCGGGUGCAACGACAGGGACAAGUGUGACGACAGCCCGUGUCAGAACCGGGGGCAUUGCAUAAACCAGGGAUGGAGGAGCUAUGUGUGCGAGUGCUACAGACCGUACGAGGGGACAACGGACUGCGCUGAGGAGUACAACCCGGCCAGGUUCGGCAACGAGGACGAGGCGAGCUAUGCCGUCUUCUCCUUGGAUGACCCCCCGGCUUCAGGCACCAUCACCAUAUCCAUGUUUGUGCGCACACGGCGCUCGAACGGCCUCCUCCUGGUCCUGGCCAACAGCACCAGCCAGUACCUCCACCUGUGGCUGGACGAUGGCCGGGUAAAAUUUCAGGUGAACAACUUAGAGAGCCUGUCGGGUCGAGUCGUGGUCAGCGACGGCCACUUUCACUUGGUGACGGUGCGGCUGGAGGGCGACUUUGUGACCCUGUUCCAGUCGGCCCAUAGCCAGGGAACCAUCCCCGUCCGGCCCGUGGUGGCUCUGCCAGGGGACCUGGUCUACGUCGGGGGCCUGGCCGACCAAAGAGUCUCGGCCUCCUUUGGGGGUUACCUGAAAGGCUGUGUCCAGGACUUGAGGAUUAACAGUAAACGGUUGCAGUUCUUCCCCAUAGCAACCCCAGUGGCCUCGUACGGCCUGGUGGAGCUGGUCAAUGUCACACAGGGAUGUACCAGUGACAACGCCUGUAGCAGAAACCCGUGUCUGAACAGCGGAGUGUGCUACUCCAUGUGGGACGACUUCAUCUGCAAUUGUCCUCCCAACACUGGAGGGCGUUGCUGUGAGGAGGUCAAGUGGUGUGAGCGGUCUCCAUGCCCCUCGACUGCAGCCUGCCAGUCCCUCUCCCAGGGCUUUGAGUGUGUGUCCAACGUGACCCUCUGGAAUGACGGCAUGCUGUCCUACAGAGGCAAUGAGAAGAUCAGCCGCCACCUCAGCAGCAUCCACCUCAGUGUGCGAACCAGGCAAACGGACACCACGCUGCUACAUGCUGAGAAAGGCUCUGAGUUCCUCACAAUCUCCCUCCAAGACUCUCGCCUGGUGCUGGAGCUACAGGCCGGCAGUGGCGAGGCCUCCCCCAAGCUGACUGUCCAGAGCCAAGGCCUUCUCAGCAACGGCCAGUGGCACACAGUGGAGAUCUCCAUGGAAGCUCCGGAUCUACAGACCUCCAGGUGGAUCAUGAUCCUGGACGGGGGAAGAGAGGGAGGAGAGAAGGAGGUGUCUGAAGCCGCCUCUGGGAGCCUGGACUUCCUCAGGGAGGGAGUGGACAUCCUCUUGGGGGGUUUGGGGCCUGAGGCUGGGGGGAACCUGGCUGGAUGUUUGGGCCCCGUCCAGAUCGGUGGGCUCCCGCUACCCUACUAUGGUGACACCGACCUGAACCUUCCCAGGCCCCAAGAGGAGCAGUUUGUGAGGACCCCCGGUGUCGCCACCCCACAAUAUGGCUGCUGGGGAGCCAGUGUGUGCUCGCCCAACCCCUGUCUGAACCAGGGGGUAUGUGAGGACCUCUUUGACCUCUCCCUCUGCAGGUGCCCGUCUGAGUGGAUUGGGCCACAAUGCCAGAAUGAUGCGAACACCUGCGCUGUCAAGCCCUGUGUCCAUGGAAAAUGCACUGUCCUAGGGGAGGGUUACGUAUGUGCAUGUGAGCCAGGGUACGGGGGGGCCAGGUGUGAUAAAGAUGUGGAUACGUGUGAGAACAACAAGUGCGGCCCAGGGGCCACCUGUCUCAGGGGCCUCCAGAACAACACCUGCCUCUGCCCCAGGAACAUGACCGGGCCCCUCUGCAAUGAGAAGGUUCCAGAAGUCCCGUGGUACAUUGAAAAGAUACCAUACCCCAACCUGCCCGUUUCCAUGUGUCCUGGCCACAGAUGGAACUACAGCUGCUUCAACGGGGGGAACUGCUCUAAGCUGGACAACACCUGUGAUUGUCUGCCAGGUUUUAUAGGGCAAUGGUGUGAGGUAGACUUCGACGAGUGUUUGUUAAACCCCUGUGAUAACGGAGGCUACUGCCAAAACCUCCCCAAUGGCUUCCACUGUGAGUGUGGGAUCAACUUCUCAGGCGACCAGUGCACGGUUGAUUGCAACGACUUCUACUUGUACCUGGGCCUGGUGCAGUUGCAAUUCAUGCUCCAGCUCAUUUCCUACCUCAUCCUGCACAUUGAUGAUGGCCCAGAGAUAGACUGGGAACACCAGCAGAUGGACAACGACGAGGAGCCCAUUGGGGCCAACAUGGAUGACUGAGGGGCUAAUGGAGCUAACAUGGAUGACUAGGGGCCAUUGGGAGUCAACAUGGACAUCUAGGGGCCAUUGAGAACCAACAUGAAUGACUAGGGCCAUUGAGCGCAAACAUGGACAGACUGAGGGGCUAAUGGAACCAACAUGGAUGACUAGGGCCAAUUGGGAGUCAACAUGGACAACUAAGGGCCAUUGAGAACCAACAUGGAUGACUAGGGGCCAUUGGCUGUCAACAUGUGCUAUGACGAGUUGAUUGAAAGUUUUGCGUAGCUGUUGCCCACACCUUUUAGACACAGGUCUAAGAUCAGUAUACCCUCCCCAUAUCCUUACCAUCACCAUUAGGGGGUGGAAUGGAAAAUCAGACCUCAGAUCACAUCUAGGGGCAUUCCAUCCCCUUUUAAAAAUGUCACCUAAAAUGACAUACCCAAAUCUAACUGCCUGUAGCAAGGAUAUGCAUAUUCUUGGUACCAUUUGAAAAGGACACACUUUGAAGUUUGGAAAUGUGAAAGGCAUGUAGCAGAAUAUAACACAUUCGAUCUGGUAAAAGAUAAUACAAAGAAAAAAACUGUACUUUUGUCAUCUUUGAAACGCAAGAGAAAGGCCACAAUGUAUUAUUCCAGCCCGGGUGUAAUUUAGAUUUUGGCCACUAGAUGGCAGCCGUGUGUACGCACGCAAGGUUUUAGACUGAUCCAAUGAACCAUUGCAUUUCUGUUCAAACUGUUGUAUUAAGACUGCCCAAAUGUGCCUAAUUUGUUUAUUAAUAACUUUUCAUGUUCAAAAUUGUGCACUCUCCUCAAACAAUAGCAUGGUAUACUUUCACUGUAAUAGCUACUGUAAAUUGGACAAUAAUUUAAGCUUUCUGCCAAUAUAAGAUAUGUCUAUGUCCUGAGAAAUGUUCUUGUUAUUUAUAAACUCAUGCUAAUCGUAUUAGCCUACAUUGGCUCAACCGUCCCGUGGAAGGGACACUGAUCCCGAAUAAGUUUAAGUUCAUGUGGACGAUUAAGAGUAAACGGACACAGUACAUAUUUCAGUACUAUGUAUAUCAGAGUCAGCCAAGGAAGGCCAAGUUAACUUUCAUCUGUUCUAAAUAGAAUGACCUGCAGCUCUUCCUACUACAAUACAGUAUUACAAGAGAAAGAUCAGUAUUUUGACAAUGAGUUGUAAAUGUUGUAGUUGUAAAUGAGAACUUGUUCUCAACUGGCCGACCUGGUUAAAUAAAGGUGAAAUACAUUUUUUUUUUAAUGUACAACUUAAUGUUAGAUUGUUCCUCACCCUGAAAGUGACCAUAAAUUACAGUUUCUCCUGGCCCAUAAACUACUUUCAGGGUGAGGAACCAUCUAACAUUAAGUUGUAAAAUACUGAACUUCCCCGUUAUUGUCUAUAGCCAUAUAGACCCGAUUUUCAUACUGAAACUCCCACAUGGUAUAAGGCUGUUUUUGUGCCUUACAAUCUGAAUACAUUUUCACUGAACUUUUUCCAAAGGUAUUGCAUGUUUUUUGUUGUUGUAAUGAAGCAGAAUGUUGAUAUAAACCCCAUUUGAUAUUUAUGUAUAGCUUGUGCAUUUAUUGUGUAUAUACUAGGGGUGUCAAACGAUAAUUGUAUCAAUUAGAAUUAAUUGCACGAUUUACUGUAAUUAUUAGCGAUUAAUUGCUCAUUCUGAAUUUGCAUAAAUUAAGAUGUCAUUUCAGAUUUUUCAUACAAAGAAAUACUACGAGAAUAUUGAUGUCUUGAUUUUACUUAAAAGUUAGCAACAUCUGGUAAAUUGAGAAAGCACACUUUCGUAAAGGCCCAGUGCAGUCAAAAACGAGGUUAACUCCACCACUACCACAUGUCUACAGUACCAGAUCCAUGGGUAUCUAUAGUGUGUAUGUUAUUGUGUGUGUGUGUUUAUGCAUGUCUGUGCCAAUGUUUGUGUUUC